AUGAUUGAGUUGAAGAAGUGCUUCAAGAUAGAGUUUUUAGGCUUUUUGCUAUUAUUGAAUAUGUUUCUCCUUUGCAUGGCUAGGAGUAACAUCCCUUCUAUAGACUGGGUUCUUAAAGAAACAUCGUAUACGCGGCUGUGUAGCACAAAGAACAUCUUGACAGUAAAUGGCCUAUUUCCGGGGCCAGCUCUGCAUGUCCACAAAGGUGAUAGAUUGACAGUUAAUGUUCAAAAUCAAGGGAACUACAACGUCACCAUUCACUGGCAUGGAGUGAAACAACCUAGAAACCCAUGGUCUGAUGGUCCGGUGUAUGUGACACAGUGCCCCAUUAAACCAGGAGCAAAUUUCAGCUAUGAGAUCAUGUUCUCAACAGAGGAAGGAACCCUAUGGUGGCAUGCCCACAGUGACUGGUCACCAGCCACCGUCCAUGGUCCCAUCAUUAUUCACCCCAAAAUAGGCACCAACUACCCAUUUCCAAAGCCUUAUGCAGAAUUUCCCAUUGUUCUAUCAUCUUGGUACAAGGGAGAUGUGAUGGAAAAUAUUCAAACUGCACUUGCAAAUGGAGGCGAACCUAAUAAGUCCGAUGCAUUGACCAUCAAUGGCCAACCAGGAGACCUAUACAAUUGUUCCAAACCAGAGACAUCCAAUAUAAUGGUUGAUCAUGGCAAGACCUAUCUUCUUCGCGUCAUCAAUUCGAUUAUGAACGAGGAAAUGUUCUUGAUGAUAGCUCAGCACAACUUCACAGUUGUGGGAAUGGAUGGUGCCUACAUAAAACCUAUAAAAACCAGCUACGUCAUGAUAACCCCGGGACAGACCAUGGAUGUUCUACUCACUGCAAAUCAAUCCCCAAGUCACUAUUACAUAGCAGGAAGAGCAUUUGGUGAAACUGUAUAUGAUAACACCACCACAACCGCCAUAAUUAAAUACAGUGGCAACUAUACGGUCCCAUCAACACCUUCAUUUCCAAAUCUACCUAAUUAUAGCGACGUUGACGCUGUCACAAGUUUCACGCAACGUAUUAGGGCUCUAGCCAGCAAGGAGCACCCCAUAGAUGUCCCAAAAUCAGUCCAUAAACGACUCGUUAUAACUAUUUCUAUGAAUACCAUACCAUGUGCUAACAAUUCCUGUGAUGGACCCAAUGGUUCGAGGCUUGCAUCCAGCUUGAACAACGUAAGUUUUUCGGAGCCAAAAAUGGAUAUAUUGCAAGCCUACUACAGGAAGAUUAGAGGGAUUUUCACGACGGACUUUCCGAGUGAGCCUAACGUUUUCAACUUCACGGCGGAUGAGACCCCGGAAAAUGCAUUGAUACCUGAGAGGGCAACCAAGGUGAGAGUUUUGGAAUAUAACUGGAAUGUGGAGAUAGUGUUCCAGGGGACUAAUGUGUUGAAUGCAGCUGAGAAUCAUCCAAUGCAUCUACAUGGAUAUAGCUUUUAUGUGGUGGGAAUGGGCUUUGGAAAUUUUGACAAAAACACUCACCCUAAAGGAUAUAAUUUGGUUGAUCCACCUGAAUUGAAUACAAUGGGAAUUCCCACCAAAGGAUGGGCAGCGAUCAGAUUUAAAGCUGAUAAUCCAGGGGUGUGGUUCAUGCACUGUCACUUGGAAAGACAUGCUAGCUGGGGCAUGGACACAGUUCUAAUUGUGAAGAAUGGCACCACCCAAGCAACGAGUAUCCGGAGCGCCCCUCAUCACUUGAAUCCUUGUUGA